GUAGAGACGAUGGUCAUCCAAGCUCAUCUUGUUCGACAAGAUCGAGGAAAACUGCUCGUCGCAGCAGGGAGGCCAAAGUCCACGUUGGCCCAACGAACGUAGAACUUGAAGAACUUGAAGAAUUUGAAGACUGUGAACAGCGACCUGAUGCGAAGACUUGGAAUCAAGCAGAGCAACAAGUUCCAAGGACACUUGACUGAAACGUCGAAGUUCAGCCCGCAUGGCAUCUCGGAGCUCUCAAGCCCGAAGAGCGAACCGCUCCCCGCCAAGGGAAAACGAGGUUCUGUUAUCCGACGAAGCACGUAUCCAACUGCUCAUAGCCAAGUGCUAUGAGGACGGCGCCUUCACGGAAAGAAUCAGUCAAGGAGUAGUGGUAGUGGAUGGGGAGGAUAUCUUUAGAGGUAAUAGGAGGGUGGGUGAACUUACCACAGCAUGGCUGAAGGAGAGACUCGUCAUGGUGAUAUUCCAAGGUGCAGCAAGAGACUUCCCAAUCAAAGUCAGGGAAGACUUGAUAAGGGCGUACGAAAAUGGGUCGUAUCAAAAUUGCAUCUUCGACCGUACGGUGAAGAGGGGAAGGGUUCAUGGCGAGGGUCUGAAUAUCAUGACCUAUAUAGCCAUGAGCAGACAGGUAGCGCAGUGGAUGGUGGCGAAAGGCGAGGAUAAAGUGACGGUAAGAGGUGUGGAAUAUAGGAUGCUUUUCAAACAAUGGCUCACCAGGAGAGAACUGGACGAACGUCGAAGGAUGGAGGACGAGACUCGGUUCUGGACGAUGGCGCUCAGAGUUCCUGUUAGAGCGAUGUUUCCACUCAAGGAUAUGGUCAGCAAGCGUUCUGGAAGCCAGAACAUGGGAGCGUCGGCUUCUCAGGGACAAUACGGUCCAAGAGAAAGAACGCCGACAACACGGCGAAGAGUGCACACACAAAUGGAUGGCAUUGCAGGUGGCCUACUACAACAAGACAGGAGGAUAGAACGUGAAGAACUGAGACCAGAACAAGGUACGACAACAAUCGUGGUACACGGAGAGGCAACAGGAAUCCAAGACAUGCAGAGUGAAGAAGAGGAGAUUGAAGCAGAGGAGCAAGACAGAAUCAGGGGAGAUGGACUUGAGAGGACCUUGGUGGUGACAGAGCAACACGAAAAAGAAAGGCAGGACGACAUGGAUCGAUCAGGAGGCAGCGAGGAAGAGGGAGAAGAGGAAACGUAUAGGGAGAUUGCACCAGGGGUCGGCACUACCGAAAGUGAAGAAGAAGAGAGGAUUGAAAAUUUUAUCUUACCGUUAGUAUGUGCCCUUCAGGAUCGAGAAACAAUAUGUGAAGACCAGCUCCACCCAUUCUCUGCCAGAAGAGGCCCAGGCAAGUUCAGCUAUAAGUGGAUCCAGAGAGGAGUGGCUACAAUUAAGGACCUGUGGGUGGAGGAGUCAUACAACUGGCUGAGCAAUGAACAGCUGAAGGACAAACUGGGACAACUUCCAGAUCAGGGAGUAAGGCGGGACGCACUGAUACAAGCUAUUCCACAGUCUUGGAAAGACCUCAUAGCCCCAACUGGGGUAAACCCAGUGGAAAGCUGGUACAGAGGUCCACCAGAGGAAGGCAAUCGCCUUUAUAAGCUCUGCAACAGAAACGAAUUUGGAAAGUGUACUCUGGAGGUCUUUGAACUGAGAACAGGAGAGAAGCAGCAGCUGAUUCCGCAUGGAACGGCGGAGCGAUACGGGACCCAGGAUCUGAUAGAGGUUAGAGUAAGAGAGACUCCUCAACCGACACCUCACCCCCCUCUGCUGCAGGUGGCAGCAAAUGGGGAGGCCUUAAGUACGUUGAGAAUAGAUCCCACAGCUUGGGUUGGAGAAUAAAUGGAAGCGCAAAGAUGGGACUGGAAAACUACAAUCACCAGACCAUCAGAGCAGCCACAAGCAAGAUGGACAGUACAGCCCAGAUCCUCAAGA